CUUGAAAGACAUGUUGAAGUUCAUGGUUCUGCUGAUCGCAACUAUACAAGUCGUCACCAGCAGUGGAGAUACUUCCUUGGAUUAUGCAAAUCAAGCGGGCUGGGGUGGAGAUUGCAACAAGCAGGGAUCUAGAAAGCAGUCUCCAGUCGAUGUUAUUACUCCUGAAGCGUGCACAAUGGAAAAAGGGAAAUUGAUAGAACUGUCAGUUGAAGCUGACAAAACUGAUGCAGAAAAUAUGAACGACCUGAACUCAAUCAAGAUCACCUUCAAAAACGUGAUCACCUACAAAAUUCCGGGACUGGAGAACACUAUAGGAAAGGUCGAACAGUUUCACCUGCAUUGGGGACAAAACGACAGCGUGGGUUCUGAACAUUUGCUGAACGGAAAAAGAUUCUCAGCGGAAGCUCAUCUGGUUACCUCGUAUGGGGAGGAUGGAAAGUUGGCAGUCGUAGCUAGGUUCUUUAAAGUGGGAAAAGAAAAUGAUCAAAUAAAGAAAAUGUUAGAUUCGCAAUCUGAGUAUGAAUAUGACUCCAAUGACGACAAGAAAAUUAGCAGUUUCAACUUGAAAGCUCUAUAUCCGAGUGAUAUUCUCCAAGUUAUCACGUAUAGUGGAUCCCUGACAACCCCCGAUUGCUCUGAAAUUGUUCAUUGGGUUGUCGUUCCAGAGCGUCUUACUGUAUCAACUGAACAGUUAAACAAGCUGAGGGCAGUAUCUCUUGGAGUUGGACACCGAAAGACAUUUAAUUGGAGAGACACACAGGACCUUAACGGCCGUUCCUUUACCAGUUACAAGUCCUCUUCAUGCAAACUCUUCGCAUCAUCACUAUUGCUGAUUUUAACCAUUAUAACACACUAAGUUGUUGUUACAUUAUUCAAUGAAUAAACUACUGCAUUUUGAACAGGAUUUUGGGAUUUCAGUUCAUGCUUAACAGACUUAUUACUUAAACAUUAAAGUUACACCACUUUCUUAUAGAUUCGAAGAUUUAAAUGAGGUAGUCGACUGUAUUGAAUUUCCCAUUCUAUUUAUAAUUUAGUAUUAAAUGAAUAAAAUUAUUGACAGUGACACUGUCACUAAUGACAAAUGAUAU